AUUAACUCUGCUUCUAGCCCAGUCAUCAUCAAUCUCUGAAUAUUGAUUGCAUUAAUGGUUUUAUAAUUAUAGCUAGACCAAAUACGUAUUUGGUUAGAGUCGAUCAAGCAUAAUUUUCUGUGAUUUGCAUGAAACCGGUUGAUCAGAUAUAGUGAGAUUCUGAUUAUUAGUUAAUUGGUUGAGCCCUUAUGGAGGUGGGUUUUUAUUGGGUGGUGAAGGUUAUGGUGGUGGUUCUAAUAAUAAGUACAUGCACAACAAGUUGACCCGUAUAAGAGCCCGAAGGAAUUUGGAGUACUGUUCCAGAAAUUUUAGUUGUUGAAUGCUGGCUAGAUUAUCGCCAUGUCUGCUUAUGGUCACCAAAUGGAGAGGGAGUACUCUGCACAGAGUCUCUCUGGCAAUGGAGGUUCUGAUGGGGACAGCCAUUACAUGAUGGAAACAGGGUUCUACAUGACAUCAGUUGCUGCGACGAUUUUCAUUGGGGCGAUUGUAACUGUUGGAGUUUUAAUGAUUACUUUACUGAUUACACUAACAGUAAUGCUGCAGUCUUGUCAAAGUAGAAAUGCAGGAGUUAUUGAGAAUGAAAAAUUGAGUUACGACUAUAAUACCUGCAAGAGUCUUGGUCUCCAUGCAGAGCUCAACAACUUGGAAGCAAGUCAAUUUCCUACAAUAUGCAAGGUUCUUGCUGUUCAAUAUAUUGAAGAAGGCCAAUAUGCUAGAGAUUUAAACUCUACCGUUGUGGUGGUAGAGAAUCAUUUUAAAACAGUUAACCCGCCAGAUGAUGGCCUAGAUGUGGUUUUGAUGGACAUAGAUGACAUUUUUUCUUCAAACCCUCAAUAUGAUAAUUUAUUACUUCAAGGAUAUGACCAAUAUGGAUGUAGUAAUUGUAUUGGAGAUGCAAAGCAUCUGAAGCUCCAGUCUGUUCUUAGAAUAUUCACGAAACUCCAUGCUAGAGGCUGGCCUUUAAUUUUGUUAUCAAGAAAGCCUGAGAGACGAAGGAAUACCACCAUAAAUCACCUUCUUUCUGCAGGAUACAGAGAUUGGUCUCUACUGAUAAUGAGAUCAGAAGAAGAAUUGCAUGUAGAUAAUUAUGAAUACUUCGCCAGAAGGAGGAUAGCAUUGCAGAAGGAAGGUUUCCGCAUAGCAGGCAUUAUAAGCAGCCGCUAUGAUGCUUUAACAGGUCCAAAUUGUGGGAAGCUCGUUUUUAAGCUUCCAAACCCAAUUUAUUGCAUUUUUGAGGAUCGAAACGUAAACAUGGAUACAGCAAUUUAGAUCACAUUCGAUGCUAUUAGAACAUGCUUACUACCAGGAGAUACUAUCAAAGUGAUAAAGAUUUCAACAUUGAAAUCAUAAUAUAUGUUGAGUUAGAGCACAGACUGAACUUUUUGUCUUGCAGCUUGAGGGGUGGCUAGUCCUUGAAAUUGCAUCUUGUGACUGAUUCCUUCGGUUGAGCGUUCUUUGGACGUUGAUCAAAUCUAUCUCAGGUCACUCUGUGAUUGUGUGAUUUCUAGUUCCACUGGAGUUGAACUUAAGCAUGUACAUAUAGUUUUUUUUUUACUCCUCGACAGAAUGAAGAUAAAUUCAUCAUUAUUUAUUUAUUCUUAAUAAGAGUAAGUGGGCACUAUUGGCAAACUUAGUUUAGUCACACACUGAUACGCCACACCCUGUUGUAUAAUAUGUUGAUCCUCGUUAUUGUUACUCUAUAUAUUGUAAAGAUUUCUUGGGAUUCCGUUUGGUACAAUUAAAUGAAUUCUAAGAAAACAAGAACAGCUUGGGACUGAGAUAAACCAAAUAACGAGGAAGAAUGAUCUGACAUUUCAAGGACUAAGUUGUGUAGCAGAAAGGAGAGAAACUGGUGAGUUGAAAGAUAUCCAGUUUGUCAGUUGAUACAAGUUUCAAUGGUAGAUUACCAAGCAGGAGCUUCCGGGCUUUGCCAAUUAGCAUGUAAGAUUUUCCAUUUUUGUUCGUGUUAUCUCUGUAUUUUUUCAAUUGUAUUCCGUCAUACCUUAAACCAGUCCUAUUGCUAAAUUUUUAUGAUUUUUUUUAUUUAUUUUCAUUAUCAAGGCUA